AAAAAAAAAAAAAGUAAUAUAUGUCUGUGUGUGUGUCUAUUUCCUUUGACAAUAGGUACUAAAGUAGUAGUUGGUUAAUAUUAGCUGGUUGGGUUAUUUUAGUGUUACUGAGGGUUUCUACAUAAUAGAGUUAUUAAAUGCUAGGUUGGUGAUUCUAAAGUCCUAUACACUACAUUCUGCUAAAGUAAGGAAGCUGUUCUAGCUGCCUUGUGUUGUAGUAGAUCUCUAGAGGAUUAAAGGCUAAACUCCAACGUGCCCUUUUACUGUUUACACACAUGAUUUGUAUGGAGCUUACAGGGACUUUUGGCAAUGACAAGUCAUACUAAGAACACACCUUUCCUUGUCUAGGGGUGCAGCAAUUACCCAAAGAGUGAGUUUCUUCAGUUUUGUACUCUGUCCCUCAAUUGUUACCCACUGCUCCAGGAGGACGAAGAGGGCCCAACAGGACAUCUUACUGUCGAAAUCCACUCUGUGAGCCAGGAUCUUCAGGGGCCUCCGGUGGAGGCCAUACUUCCAGUGCGUCUGUGACCAGCGUCCGUUCCCGAACCAGGACCAGUUCUGGGACGGGCCUCUCCAGCCCUCCGCUGGCCACCCAGACAGUUGUACCUCUUCAGCACUGCAAGAUCCCCGAGCUGCCGGUCCAGGCCAGCAUUCUCUUUGAGCUCCAGCUCUUCUUCUGCCAGCUCAUAGCCCUGUUCGUGCACUACAUCAACAUCUAUAAGACAGUCUGGUGGUACCCACCCUCACACCCACCCUCCCACACCUCCCUGAACUUCCACCUGAUCGACUUCAACUUGCUGAUGGUGACCACCAUUGUUCUGGGCCGCCGCUUCAUUGGGUCCAUCGUGAAGGAGGCUUCUCAGAGGGGGAAGGUCUCCCUCUUUCGCUCCAUCCUGCUGUUCCUCACCCGCUUCACCGUUCUCACGGCAACAGGCUGGAGUCUGUGCCGGUCCCUCAUCCACCUCUUCAGGACCUACUCCUUCCUGAACCUCCUGUUCCUCUGCUAUCCGUUUGGGAUGUACAUUCCGUUCCUGCAGCUGAACUACGAUCUUCGCAAGACAAACCUCUUCAGCCAUGUGGCUUCCAUGGGGCCCCGAGAGGCAGUCAGUGGCCUGGCAAGGAGUCGGGACUACUUGCUGACACUUCGGGAGACUUGGAAGCAGCACACAAGACAGCUGUAUGGCCCAGAAGCCAUGCCCACUCAUGCCUGCUGCCUGUCACCCAGCCUCAUUCGCAAUGAAGUAGAGUUCCUCAAAAUGGACUUCAAUUGGCGCAUGAAGGAAGUGCUUGUCAGCUCCAUGCUGAGUGCCUAUUAUGUGGCCUUUGUACCUGUUUGGUUUGUCAAGAAUACACACUACUAUGACAAGCGCUGGUCCUGCGAGCUCUUCCUGCUGGUGUCCAUCAGCACCUCUGUGAUCCUCAUGCAGCACCUGCUCCCUGCUAGCUACUGUGACCUGCUGCACAAAGCUGCUGCCCAUCUGGGCUGCUGGCAGAAGGUGGACCCGGCCCUUUGCUCCAACGUGCUGCAGCACCCGUGGACUGAAGAGUGCAUGUGGCCACAGGGUGUGCUGGUGAAACACAGCAAGAAUGUCUACAAAGCAGUGGGCCACUACAACGUGGCCAUCCCCUCCGAUGUCUCCCACUUCCGGUUCCACUUCUUUUUCAGCAAUCCCCUGAGGAUCCUCAACAUCCUCUUGCUGCUGGAGGGCGCUGUCAUUGUCUACCAGCUCUACUCCCUAAUGUCCUCGGAAAAGUGGCACCAGACCAUUUCACUGGCCCUCAUCCUCUUCAGCAACUACUAUGCCUUCUUCAAGCUGCUCCGGGACCGCCUGGUUUUGGGCAAAGCCUACUCAUACUCAGCCAGUCCCCAGAGAGACCUGGACCACCGGUUCUCCUGAGCUCCAGGGUGAUCCUCAAGACAAGCAUCCAGGCUUCACCCAAGGGCCUUCUGGCCAAGGGCUGUUGGGGUUGGGUUGGGGGGGUGGGGCAAAAAACCCAAAAAAACCCAAAAAAAUCUACCAGAGCUUUGUAUUUUUGUUACGUAAUGUUUCUUUCUUUGAUAAUUGAUGUGAUGAGAAGAAAAAAAGUCUUAUUUUUAUACU